ACUAUCAUGCCACUCAAAGAAGCCAACCCUAGAUCAAUCAAUGUGCAAUUCUCCUCAAGUGCAGUAGAAACACCUUCCACUAGUUACCUCAUCUUUUACGAAGACUGGUGUCCAGAUUGUCGUGCUGUCCAGGAUCUGUUAAAGAGAGUUUUUGAUAGAGAAGGUGCACCACUUGCACAGAUUGUUAGAGUUGGUGAGGUCUCUGAUUGGAAAUCACCGCAGAAUAUCUAUAGAAGAGAAUGGAACCUCAAAAGCAUACCAACUAUUAUAAGAUACGAUAAUGGAAAGGAAAGCGGAAAGUUAGUCGAUAAUGAGAUCACCGAAGGGUCCUUGGUCAGGUUUAUUGCUUACUAAAUUGUCACUUUCGUUAUGCACGAGUUCACGAAUGACUAUUUCGUCUUGUGAUGUAUUUGCACCUAGAUAGAAUCAGGUACAUAUCAGAGAAAUAUCCGGUGAUCACGAAUAUACCUAUGGUAUAUUGUUAGACAUCUACGUUAGAACUCACUGUAGAUAUUAGAUAUAUCUAUCAUCCUAGAUGUCACAUUUGAGACAACUCUGAUUGCAGGAACAUGAUUUUAUAUGAUCUGGAGACACCACUUUCCUAGUCAGACGGUCUGCUCAACUAUUAACCUCCGAGGUACACAUCCAAGGUACUCUG